AUGCCCAAAUCCGCCUCCUUCGACGUUCUAGGAACCUGUUUCGAGUUCGAGCCCGCCAUUAAAAUAAUCCAGUCCCGCCUCCAAAAACAACUCACCGCCCACUCCCUCGACGCCACAACUCUCUGCUUCUCCUGGUUCUUCGCCGCCCAGCGCGACUUUACCUACACCUCCCUCUGCGACAGCUACACGCCCAUUGCCAAGAUUCUCCAAUGCACAUUCAAGCGUGCCUGCGCCGUGGUCGGCAUCCCAUUAUCCGAGGUCAGCGACGAAGACGUCGCGGCUGUGAUGCAAGCCGUCAAGAACCUCUCCCCACGACCUGGUCUGAAAGUCUGUUUUGACGGACUGAGAGAGGCAGGGUGGGACGUCUACGGCGUGACGAAUGGAGGCAAAGAGACGAGUUUGCGGUACUAUGAGCUCGCGGGCAUUGAGCUCGACGGCGAGCACUUGCUCAGUUGCGAUGAGAUUCAAGUCGCGAAGCCGGAUGCGAGGAUUUAUGCGAGGACGAAUGAGUUUUUGAGUGAGAGGGGUUUGGGCGCAAAGGGCGAUGGGGAGAGGUGGUUUGUGGCGGCGCAUGCGUGGGAUUUGUUGGCGGCGAGGAAGGCGGGGUUCAAGACAGCGUAUUUGAGAUUUGAAGAGUGGGAUGGGGUGGAGGAGGUUUUUGGGACGUUUGAUGUGGUGGCAGAUGGGAUGGAGGAGUUAUUGGAGAAGAUGAAGAAGGUCUGA